AUGAACCAGCUCUCUCUUCUCCACCGCGCCCUCCACUUACAUCGCCUCUCUCCCGGACGCGGCCAUGGCCUCAACGCCACCGCCGUCGUCCGAGCUCGGCUCUCCUCCUCUGAACCAACCCCACAACGGCACGCAAAGCGCCUCCUCGCCGUAGCACCUCACGAAAGCAUCGCGGCAGCUACGGAGGAGAGCCACCCGCGUCAAGAGCUCGCAGCGGCCGGCAAUAAUAACGACGCCGGCGCCGCCGGCGGCAGGACGUCCCCACUGCCGACGUGGGCGCUAAUCGGCGGCAUCACGGCGGGCGUGGCCGUGGCGCUGGCCCUGUCCGCGGGUGCCGGCCCCGCCCUGGCGCUGGGGCCGGAGGGCCCCCUGGUGGAGGAGUUCUGGGACAACAUGCGGCGGUACGCGCUGUACGUGGUGACGGUGAGCACAGGGGUGGCGUACACGGUGCUGCAGCCCAUAGUGGAGCUGCUCAAGAACCCCGUCACGGCGCUGCUCAUCGUGGCCGUCCUCACCGGCAGCGGCUUCCUCGUCUCGCAGGUGCUCAAUGCCAUGGUCGGCAACUCCGACUUCAUCUACAGGUACGAGUAG